CGAUAUGUUUUUCAGAGUAACCUCUGCACUCUCUUAUAGAUAAGUAAAUAUUUUGUUUAUCGUGGAGGAAGUUUUUCUUUUCUUCGCCUUCCAAAGGUCACAGCUAUGUAGUGUUGGAUGCUGACCCUCAUCCCGUUGUUUAUUAAAUAAAGAUGGAUUCUUUGAGGAACUUCUUUCUGUGUUUAUUCUCCUUAAUAACAGUCUCUUACGGUAGAGAUAUUGUUUAUUAUGUAGCGAUUGAUGAGAUCGACUGGACAUACAAACAUACGGACCAAAGUGAGUCUAUCUUUAGAAAAGCAGUUUUUCGUGAAUAUAAGGAUCAAACCUUCACGACAAGAAAACCUGUAACGUCACAACAUGGACUUCUUGGACCCGUAAUCCGGGCAACUUCAGGGGACACACUGAGAAUACAACUCAAGAACAAUGCCAAACGACCGUACUCAUUUUAUACAGACAAUCUUAACACAAAAAGGAACGAAUCAGGUGCUGCCUCCGUGGGAAGUCUUGUGCCCCCUGGGUCUACACUGACGUACGUGUACACCGUCACAGACGCCAAUGUACCCCCAGCAUCGUCCAUAGAGCAGUGUAUGACGUCACUGUAUUAUUCAGACGUCAACCUUAUCAAAGACACAAAUACUGGCUUAGUCGGAAUGAUUGUUAUUUGUAAAUCUGAUGUACCUUCUGAUGUGAAAGAGAUAUUCCUCCAUUAUGGAACAAUAUACGAGACCGAAAGUUGGUACGCCACUACGAAUGGUACCAACAGCGCUCAAUACACAUCCUUCCCCACCAUUAAUGGCUAUACUCACGGCAAUCUGCCUGAUAUGGGUGUAUGCGUCAACGAAAAAGUUCGUCUGUAUAUGACGUCAUUAGGUGGCCAAAACGACAUACACACUGUAGUUCUUUAUGGACAUCAGUUUGAAAUUAAAAAUCAAAGAACCGAUGCUCUGAGUUUGUAUCCUGGAGCUUCGGUCGUUGCAGAGUUUCUGACGUUAGAGGAGGGACUUUGGCUAUUGACAACACAACACAAAUCAGACAACCUUUAUGCGAGACUACGAGUAUCUGGUUGUAGCAACUCUCGUCCAGAACAAAAACUUUCUGGCAACAUCCGGAAAUACUACAUAGCAGCCGAAAAGGCAAAGCUCUCCAACGGAAGCACAGCUGGACCUAUCGUUUUUCAAGAAUACACAAACAGUAGAUUUAAUACAAAGAAAGAAAGCAACAUCACUUUAAAUGGAAAACUGGGUCCAACGAUCUACGCUGAAACAAGAGAUCUGCUGAAAGUGGUGUUUUACAAUCGAGCAGAUAGGGAUCUGUCAUUGUAUCCCCACGGGCUGAGAGUCGGCAAAGUCUACGAGGGGGUGUUCUAUGAUGACGAUUCUACAUCACUAGGUAAGAAAGCUGUUCCUGCAAACACUCUGAAGACGUACUAUUGGAGUGUCCCAGACAACGUAUCCCCCACGCUGUAUGACGAUCCUUGUCUAGUGCGACAUUACACUUCUGGUCUUGGUCAUGACGAGGAAACCUUCUUGUUUGGUCCAAUCAAAAUCUGCGAAGAGGGGUAUCUGCCACCAGAGAAAGAGAGGGAAAUUUUUAUGGUGCACAAAGAUGAAAAGUUAAAUGGUUUAUCACCGGGUGGUUUUCCUCCUUUGUCUGUUUGUCUGGAAGAAAACUUGAACAUCCAUCUGAUGUCGUUUGGUACAUCGGAACCUCUCAGCUUUAUCGUAGGUGGAGGCAUCAUAAAGCAGAGAGGUCACGUUCUAAAUGUAAUGGAGGCUAGAGAAAAUUCCAUAGCAACGUACACAGUUACCAUGGUGAAAACAGGAAACUGGCCCAUAAGAAGUUUAAGUAGCAAUAAUGCUUCCGUGACGCUGACUGUUAAAGACUGUGGCGUGUCAGUGGGCUUUGUGUUGAGAGGCAAAAAACUAAACCAUAAUAUUGGGAUCAAAGAAGGAGAUUGGGAGUACUCACAACUUUCUGACUGGGCAAGCAAAUCUGCGGGUUACCAAAUGGGACCACAAUUUAAGAAGGUGAUGUUUGCAAAAUACUUCAGCGAGUUUUUUAUGUUUGAAGACGUUCCACCAGACCCGAGAGACAAAACAUUAAAUGGUCCACAGCUCUCAGCCAAUGUUGGUGACAGAAUUAUCAUAGAAAUGAAAAAUAUGGGAAAGCGCAAAUACUCCCUUCAUGUUGAUGGACUUAGCGAUUCCGCUGAUGCGGACAUCGGUGAUGAGGAAUCAACAAAGAUCACCUGGAAUAUUACAGAAUCCAUAGGGCCGGGAAGUGCAGACCCUCCGUGUAUCCUAAAGCCAUAUUACUCCAAAACCAGUACACAAGACGUCCCCUCUGGGUUAUUUGGUCCACUAGUGAUCUGUUCCCCCUCUGUGGCCCCUGAGACGGUGGAAUCGACCCGACAACAGAAAGUGUUUAUGGUGGGCGGUGUGGAUGAGACACAGAGCUGGUACCGGGAGGAGAAUCUAAAGAGUUACACAGGAAUCGUCAACACAUCGGACCCUCGCUUCACUGAAGCCAAUGCCAUCAGAGUUGUGAAUGGCUACUCAGACGGGACCAUAAAGAACAUGACGCUACCCUCGGGAGAAGAUGUUUAUUUCCAUUUCCUUAACAUUGGGAAGCAUCUUGUAACCAUUCACUUGUAUGGCGUGAACAUCGGGGACUCAAAUCUAGAGGGGAUGGGGCGAAGCACUAUCACCCUGUACCCCUGGGCCUCCAAGUCCUUCAUGACUCGAUUUGAGACCCCGGGGAGUUUUCUUUAUGAGGAACUGUUAACAGAGAGAUAUACAACACGGAUCUCCGGUUACUACACAGUUGUCGCUGAGGCAAAGACAACAGAAUAGAGAAACACAACUUCCGUUUCAAAUAUAAAUGCUGCAAUUCUUCUAUUUAUUUUA